AUAAAUUUAAAUUCAAUUCAGCCCAAAAAAAAAUUCAGAAACCGAAACCACGCAUCAAUUUCUCUAUGGCAGAGGUUUCCAAUCUCCACCGGCGCCGGCAGUCACCGCCGGCAUACCGGCGAUCCAUCGCGACUACCAUUGUGUCCCACCUAGAAGAAGCCGUGCACGAGGAAGACGAAUUCUUCAAUCAGGCGCAUCCAUUCGUCUUCGAUUCAUUCUCCCCGCCGCACAAUUCCUCAAAUCCGUCUCUCUUCGAUGACUACGCGACGUCGUUCGAUCUAGGGUUCGAUUUGAACUUAGAGCCCGAGAAUCCGGGGGGCUGCGAGUACGAGGACCCCAAUUGCUUCUUCUUCGGAGGCGAAGAAGACGACGACCAGAUGAAUUACGUCACAGAUCUGUUCGAGCCGCGCCACCCUCAUCCGGCGGAGGAUCUGAUUUGGGAGCUCGAUUCGCGCCGGGUGGAGGAUCCGGGCAUGGAAUUCGGAUUCGGACCGGGUCUGCGGGUUGUCAGCAUGGAUUCGGAGUCGGAUACCGAGGAAUUCGAGGUAAAUGUUGGCUUUACUAACGACGAUGAUGAUGAUGAGGAUGAUAGUUUGUUUGGGGUUAGGAAUCAUAGGUAUUACGCUGGUGACAAUGAAAGAGAGGAAUUUGAAUGGGAGGAGGUUAGUGAGAGGGUUCAGUUUGAUGAGAGGGAGAAUUUGAAUAUGGUGAUUAAUCGAAUCGAAGAAAUCUCGGUUUCAUCCAAUGUUUCCUCCUCGGAUAUUGAUAAUUCGGAUUUAGGUGGUGGUGAUGGUGAUGGUGUAGAGGUAGGGCGGAAUAUAGGAUGGGAAGUGCUGUUGGCAGUCAAUAACCUAGAGAGAAAUCUCGAAUUCGAGAUUCCUGGAGAAAACAGCAUCAUCAAUGGGGGUGAAGUUGAAUCUCUUCCGCAUACUAAUCUUCCAGAUGAUUAUAUCUUGGCAAUGGAAUACGAUGCCCUUUUCGGGCAGUUGGUGGAGAAUGACAACGCGUCGAAAGGCAGCCCCCCGGCUGCAAAAUCUGCGGUCGAGAAGCUGCCUUCGUUGGUGCUGACAAAGGCGGAUGUUGAGCAGAACAAUAGCGUGGUCGUGUGUGCUGUUUGUAAGGAUGAGUUUGCGAUUGGGGAGAAGGUGACUCGGAUGCCUUGUUCCCAUCUCUACCAUGGGGACUGCAUUCUGCCGUGGCUUAGUAUGAGGAACACGUGCCCUGUGUGCAGGCACGAGUUGCCAACGGAUGAUGCUGACUACGAGAGGAGGAAAGGCGGGAGAGGAAGGGUUCGUAGUGGAAAUGCUGCUAGCUUGUUUGAUGAUUUUGAGGUCAGCAUUAGGAGAAGGAGAUAUCAGUCAUAGAGACUAGUCAGUCGGAGGCAUGAUCUUGUGGGGUCUUCUUGGUGCUAUCGAACUUAAUGAAUAACUUUUCAAUACGAUAUUAGUGAUCGGAAAACAGAACAGCUUGAUAACUUGUGGAAUUGGUGGUUUAUCAGUUUGGAAAAUAGUGUAGGACUAAGUUGCAGAAUUUUCAGUCGAACAGUGCUAUGAACUAUCGCGUUGCUGGUGGUGGCUGAUGAAAUAAUUCGAGGUUACAUUCUUUCAUUCCAAACUAUCAAGUUUAGCUUUUCGGCAUAGCUCAAUAGUUCCCUGCUUUCUGCAUAUAUUUGGGAUCAUGGUUAAGGUUAGUUUUUAUAGCUAGCAGUUGUGUUUCAUAUGGAUUGUGAGUCUCUCUGUUUAUACAUUAGAGACAUAGUUUUCAACAUUGUAUAUGAUAUACUACCAAACAUUCCCUUUUGAAUAUAUCCAAUAUCAUUUGCUUUUGCCAGAUAACA